UGUUGACCACUGGAGCGUCUUGAGCAAGAAAAGCAACGCUGUUGCGCUAGCUACGGAGUCUUCGCCUCCCAAGAGCAAGGCUGUCUGAUUGCUCUUGUUUGAAUUUCUACAGAGACCUGUCAAUAUGGUUCUUGCAUCAUCUAUCAAAAGUGAAUGUGAAAUCCCAAAGAACAGAGAUUGAGAAAUAGCUCCAUAACAUGGCUGUAGCCGGAUGUCCAGAUUAUUUUCUACACCAUCCAAAUUAUCAGCAGGACAAUGUAGACCGAGCCUCCAAUCACAGACCAGCAGAUCUAAUUGGGCCGAGUUUCCAGAAGUCAACCAAUCGGAACUGUCCUAACCAUCAAGAAGAUGAUGUGGACCUGGAGGCGCUGGUGAAUGACAUGAACUCCUCGUUGGAGAGCCUGUACUCCACAUGCAGCAGCGUGCAGUCUGAGUCAGUUCCCCUCCUGCAGCACAACGGCCAGGUGCACGUGCACCGCGACCACCACCGCAGCUCCCCCAUGCCCCCCCACCCCCACACCUCCCCCAGCGACCUGCAGCCCAGCCCCACCUCCCCCAAACAGAGACUCCGACGCUCCCAGCCCAUGCACAUCCUCGCCGUCAGGAGACUGCAGGAAGAGGAGCAGCAGCUCCGGACGUCCUCUCUGCCGGCCAUCCCCAACCCCUUUCCCGAGCUCUCCAGCUCUCCUGUCCUCAGCCCUGGGUCUUUACCUCCGUGUCAGCCCUCAGGCACAUACAUUAUAAAAAUUUUCAGCGAGGACGGCAUGGGGAAAGUAGUAGAAAUACCAGCCGACAUGACUGCCAGAGAUCUUUGCCAGCUCCUCGUGUCCAAAAGCCAUUGUGUGGACGACAACAGUUGGGUGCUUGUUGAGCAUCACCCCCUUCUCGGACUAGAGAGGUGCUUGGAGGACCAUGAGCUGGUGGUACAAGUGCAGGCGUCCAUGACCAGCGAGGGCAGAUUUCUGUUCAGGAAGAACUAUGCCAAAUAUGAAUUCUUCAGAAAUCCCUUGAAUUUCUUUCCCGAGCAUAUGGUUGCGUGGUGCCAGGAAACAAAUGGUGCAAUCCCACCAUCUCAACUUUUACAGAAUUUAUUGAACUCCAGCAGUUGUCCUGAGAUCCAGGGCUUUUUAUACGUGAAAGAGAUGGGCAGGAAAUCCUGGAAGAAGCUGUAUGUGUUCCUUAGACGCUCAGGACUUUACUUUUCUACGAAAGGAACGUCAAAGGAGCCCAGGCAUUUACAGUUACUAGCAGACCUGGAGGACAGCAAUGUCUUCACAGUAACAACAGGCAAGAAGCUACACAGUGCGCCAACAGACUACGAGUUCUGUAUAAAGCCCAACAAGAGGACUGAGCUGAAGGAGUUGAGGAUGUUGUGUACUGAAGACGAACAGAGCAGAACUUCCUGGAUGACAGCCUUCAGACUCUUCAAGUAUGGAAUAGUCCUAUAUCAGAACUACAAGAUUCCUCAGCAGAGAAAAACUCUGUCACACUUUUCAACACCAGUGCGGAGUGUGUCGGAGAAUUCUCUGGUGGCCAUGGAUUUCUCAGGAAGGAUAGGCAGGGUGAUCGACAAUCCUUUGGAGGCCCAGAGCGCUGCCAUGGAGGAGGGCAAUGCCUGGAGGAAGAGAAGUCAACGGAUGAACAUUCUAGGUAGUCCCAGUCCACUACAUCACUGUUUAUUAAGCUCAGUUAUUCACAGAACACAGCUGUGGUUCCAUGGGCGGAUAACGCGAGAAGAGUCCCAUCGGAUGAUCCACCAACAAGGCCAGGUGGACGGGUUGUUUCUGUUGAGGGACAGUCAAAGCAACCCAAAGGCGUUUGUUCUCACACUGUGCCAUCACCAGAAAAUCAAGCAUUUCCAGAUCUUACCGUGUGAAGAGGACGGCCAGAUCUUCUUCAGCCUUGACGACGGGUCCACCAAAUUCACCGACCUGAUCCAGCUGGUGGAGUUCUACCAGCUCAACAGAGGAGUACUGCCUUGUAAACUCAAGCACCCCUGCACCCUCGUAGCCUUAUGACCCCUGACCUAUGACUUGACCGGACUCUGCCUAAAAACAAACUCAAUACUUUUUCUUUAGGAAAGGCUGAUGUGAUGAACUCAUGUUGUUGUUGUUGUGUCAUGAGCUGUCGGCGACUGCGGACGGAACGGGACGGAGUGGUUGUUGGGUUAGGAUGGACGCUAGUGUACUUCAGUGACCUCUGUGUUCCGGAAGGAAGGAGGAGAUAAAGAAGCAAAAAGAUGCACCACGUUGUUAUUAACUCUUAUAAAAAAACAAAAACAUUUUCAAGUUUAUAUUCAUAGUCACCAAUAAGCUCUGAUCCACUGACACAGUUUAGUGACAGUUUAUGAGAUCAAAGUAGUUUUUUAUUUUCCUUGUACAAUCAUCAGGACUUUGUUUAGUCUGGGCCACUUUUUUACAUAAUGAAAGUAUUUUUUUGUUACAAAUCAUCUAUACUACAACCUCUUUUUGAAAAGCUGAUUGUUUCCUAGUUUGGCACUUGUGAAACUGGAAACAGGCCUUUCCACACUGACUGAAGAAGAAUUCCUCUACUCUCUCAUUCUUCUCAUUACCAACAAUGGCAAAUCCCUCCUGUGUUGGAGGGUUGGAUGGACAAUCUGAUAUUCGGAAAAAGAACAUCACGAGACAGAUCACGAGGCCAGCUGUCUCUGUCAAGCUGUAGGAAGGAAAGGCUGGAGCUGGUAAUUUAGGAUGGAGCUGAAGGAUACUCAAGGACUACACAGGAUCCAUUCAUUCCACUCUCAUAGGACUUUUCUUCAUUUCUUUCUUUCUUUCUUUCUUUCUUUCUUUCUUUCUUUCUUUCUUUCUUUCUUUCUUUCUUU